CAGUCAGCCAACUCCGAAGCUUGCGCCCACGCCCACGCCCAUUCCGCCGCCGUCUUCCCGACCUCCGCGAGAGCGAGCGAACCGAGGAGCUUCCCUUCCCGGCGGCCAUGUCGGCGGCGGCGGCAGCCCCCGGUGCCAUCAGCGCCGCCGGUACACCGGCGGUGGCAACGAGGAGGGAGAAGCAGCGGGAGCGGAAGAAGCAGCGCCGCCGGAGAGCACGGAGGGACGCCGCGGCGCGCGCGCGGGCGGCGGCAGAGGCGGAGGGGGCCGACCCCGAGGAGGAGCAACGCUUCCGAGAGCUUAAGGAGUCAGAGGCCGCCGCCGAGUCCGAGAGCGCGCGGCGCGCCUUCGAGGAGGCCGAGCGACGAUGGCUCGAGGCUGCCGCCGCGCGCGCCGCGGAGAAGGCCGCGGCCGCAGCUGCGGAAGAGGAGGCCAGGGCUGCGGAGAGUUCGUCUCGGGAGAAGUCUAAAUAUGGUCACGGAAACGAGUCAGAAGAAGACGGUGAAUGGGAAUAUGUUGAAGAUGGACCGGCGGAGAUCAUAUGGCAAGGAAAUGAGAUCAUUGUGAAGAAGAAAAAGGUUAAAAUACCAAAGGGGGUCAAGGAAAAACCGCCGAUUCAGGAGGAAGAUAGACCUACAUCAAACCCACUCCCACCACAAUCUGUAGCUUUUGCUGCUCAGAGAAGAGAACCCCCGUUGUCUGCUCAAGAAGUACUCGAUAAAGUUGCUCAAGAGACUCCAAAUUUUGGAACAGAACAGGAUAAGGCCCAUUGCCCAUUUCACCUCAAGACAGGGGCUUGUCGCUUUGGAGUGCGCUGCAGCAGGGUUCAUUUUUAUCCUGAUAAAUCAUGCACAUUGCUAAUGAAAAACAUGUAUAAUGGUCCAGGCCUUGCUUUGGAGCAAGAUGAAGGGCUUGAGUUCACAGAUGAAGAGAUAGAACAAAGUUACGAAGAAUUUUAUGAAGAUGUACAUACAGAAUUUCUGAAAUUUGGUGAACUCGUCAACUUCAAGGUAUGUAGGAAUGGAUCUUUCCAUCUCCGAGGAAAUGUUUAUGUGCACUAUAAAUCCUUGGAAUCAGCUCUUCUUGCCUACAACAGCAUCAAUGGACGUUAUUUUGCUGGAAAGCAGAUAACAUGUGAAUUCGUUGCUUUGACAAGAUGGAAGGCUGCCAUAUGCGGUGAAUACAUGAGGUCAAGAUACAAGACAUGUUCACACGGAGCUGCUUGUAAUUUUAUUCACUGCUUUCGCAACCCUGGAGGAGAUUAUGAGUGGUCUGAUUGGGACAACCCUCCCCCAAAAUAUUGGAUUAGGAAGAUGGCUGCUCUUUUUGGUCCCUCAGCUGAUACCAAGGCGAGUGAUACCCCAGAUUUUGAAUGGUCACAAGGUUCAGAUAGGAAGAGGCUGAAAAGUUCUGGUGAUAGGUAUGUUUCAAGAAGAUCUAGGGACGAAGAUGUCCACAAACGACACUCUUCUCGUGAUUAUUCCCAUUCUAAGGAAGAACACAGUAGCCACAGCACAAAGUAUGAGCAAAGUCGGCAUAGAAGAGAUCCAUAUGCAGCGCAUAAGCACCGAAGCCGAGAGAUUGAAGAACAUACUGGAAAAUACUCUUCGACCAUGGAAAAUGAAAGAGAGUCCCAUAAACACAUGCAUGAAGAAAGACAUAGAAGUGAUCAUGACAGUGGAGGAAAAGGAGAUGGUGACAAAAUUAGGUCUAGGAGGCACAAAUCUGAUCAGCGAGGAAGUUUGGAGCCUGGAUCUUCUGAUUGGCAUUCAGACCACACUGAUACAGACAUCAGCAAGAACCCUUCCACUAGCAGGUACAAUAAUCACAAAAGGAGCAGGAGGCAAUCCUCGGAGGACCCCAAACUUGAAAGACACUAUUCUAAGUUGCACAAAUCAAUGGGAAAAGAGCACAGCACUGAAAGACGCUCGAGUCAUUACAUAGAAGAUGAUUAUUAUGCCGAGAAAGAUGGUGGAAGAGGCAAAUCUAGAAAGGAUAAAGAUCACCCUGAAGAUAGGUGGGUAGCGACAAAUAGUGAUGUCGAUUCGGAUGUUGAGGGACAUCAGGGGUCAAGCAGUAAACGCACCAAGUUGGGAGGGAAGGAUGAGGCUCAUUCUGAUGCGGAAACUCAGUAUCAGAGAUCAGGUUGUAGAACAACGAAGGACGGCAAGAGUAGAAGAAAGCGUCACAGUGAAAACAGGCAGCACAGCGAUACUGAAGAGGAUACUUCAGAAUCAGACACUAGAGAUUCGAGCUCUGAUGCGUUGAUUCGUCGAUCAAGAAGUAGCGACGAGAAUGUCUCAAAGCACAGAUCAAGGAGGAAGAGAAAAUUCCAGGGUAGAGAUACGGCAGAGUAGCUAGUAAAAUACCAUUCCGUUCGUAAGUUUUGUCGUCAUACAUAUUCAUCACGACACGACAUUGCUCGAAAUCCUUUCUCCCUCGUUUUGGAUCCAGUGUUUUCAGAUGUUUAUUCCUUCAUUUCUGUCGAGCUGAAAGGUACACCCUUCAGAAUUUCGGAUGUCAUGUAAAUAAUGUCACUGGUAAAAGGAUAAUUAGUUUUAUUUUUA